UCAUCCUGUUUGACUAAGGAGUCAGUGUGAAGACCUGGAACAUUUACCUGAUCGACGACGGCCUGGAGGAAAACCACGAGACGUUCACUGUCACCUUGAAAAACCCUAAAAACGCCAUCCUGGGACAGAGGACGUCCGCCAGCGUGGAGAUCAUCGACCCCAGAGGAGGUCGUGCGAUCCAGAUGACCUGAGGGUGGAGGAGGACAGGAAGCAACUCCCACUCUCUCCUCCUCCGCCUCCCCCCCUCCCGGACCUCCCCAGACCGCCAGAGGACCCCGUCACCGACAUCGAGGCGGAGCGGCUGUGGGAGAACCAGCCCCACCCUCCCCGAGGUGACGUCCCAAACCGCCGGCCCUACCUGGACUACAACGAGGGGGAACCCCAGGACCAGCCGUCCCCCAGCAGCUACACCCAAGUCCUCCACCACAGCAGGCAGCCCACGGGGGGGGCCACGGGUUGGGCCACGGGGACCACUGGGACCACUGGGACUGCUGGGCACAGCGUCAGACACGGAGGAUUCAAAGUGCAUCUGUCAGGAGAGAGGAGGUCUGAGGAGAAGGUCUGGACGUUCAACAGUCUGACUCCUCUGCGGGUGGAGGAGCUGAGGCAGAGCGAUGAGGGCUGGAGCCCCCGUCAGGACCCUCCUCAGAUGGAUCAUCCAGGACCAGGACCCCACCCAGAGCUACGCCAGCGCAGGACGGGGAAAUCAGCGAGCAGCUUGUGUCCCGACGGUUGGACUCACCACCGGAGACGCUGUUACGUCUUCGGCUCGGCGGUGGCCAGCUGGGCGAGCGCCGAGAGGAGCUGCUCGCUGCUGUUUAACAGCAGCCUGACCGGCGCGCGCUCCAGAAGAGACGUGGCCUGGCUGUGGAGGUUUGCCGGGAGGAAUCCAUUUUGGAUCGGUCAGUCUGGAGGUUCAGGUCCCUGGAUGUGGACCCACAGGGGCUCACUGUCCUUCUCCAAGAUGAGGGGGGCUCCCCCAAAAUGCGUGCUGGUUGAAAACCCCCAACGCUGGAUCUCCACCAGCUGCUCCCCCGAGACGCAACACGCAGUCAUCUGUUCAUCGGCGGCCCCCCCUCCCUGAGAGACACGUUCACUGUCACCAGCUCGGCCUGUUGGGGGUCACGUUGAUACGCAACGAUGCUAAUCUAGACCUUUAAUAUUCAUAUUUCGGUCAUAUUAAAGAUCGCUGCACAGAACUCA